AUGUUCCAGGCUCUUCUUGAGAUGUCGGAGGUGAGGGACUCGGUCAUCUCACGCCAUGACACCGCUGCUGCCCAGACCUCUUCUGGACGUGUUAUCGUCCUACCACGGUACAAGCUUGAGACCGUGCCUAAAGCGCCAGCAGCAAAAGUGGAGCUGAGCGCACCCGUGAAGGCCACCCCAGAGCAGGGCUGGGGAAAAGGUGAAGGCGCUGGAAAGAAAGAGGCUCUUGCUGAGAAGCGCCUCCUCCACCGAGCAAGGCUUUCCCCACAGCGCUUACCUGCAGUGACUGUGAAGUCAGAGCAGAGUCACAAAACUGAGAGGAGCGAGCCUCGUGCCAGGCAGCUGCCGCCCAUCCAGGGGAGCUCCUUGAAGGAAAUAGAGGCGAAAGAGAAAGUAAUUCCUCUGGUUCAACCCAUAACAGUCGACUUCAUUGCCAGAACGAUUGAGAGCAGAGGAAAGAAUAACCACUUGCAGAGCAAGGAGAGGCUUCCAGAACACAUCAGGAAAUUCUUGGGUGAAGAGGAAAAGAAGAAAAAGGAGCUGGCGAAGGCAAAAACAAGUCGAGGGCAAACCCCACCAGCAACUGAAUGGAAGGCCAAGAGACAAAAGGAGACGCCCGAGGCGAAAGCUGAGCGAGAAAAGGAGACACAGAGGAGCCAGGAAUCCAGUUCCUCUGACGAAUUAUCAGCCAGCGACCUGACGAGCACAGAGACGGAGGAGUCCAGCCUCGACCUCCUGGAGAUGAUGACGAUGCAGGAGUGGGAAGGGGAUAGCGAAGGUCCACCCACAGUCCACGAGGAUGACACUGUUCCCCCUAAGCGGAGCUUGUCCCCACGGACACACCGGUCCCUGCAGGAGGUGGUGACGUGCAUCCUGGGGCAGGUUGAGCGCAAGCGCAGCGGGCAGUGGGACGAGGAGGUGGCUCUGCAGGACAAGCUCAAGUGCGAGCUGGCAGUGCUGCGGUGGCAUCGCUCGCGGAAAGAGGAACGCAGCAGCCAACAGCUGCGGGAAGCUGGACUCCAGCCUGCACCCCCUGCUAGGCCAGGGAAGAGGAGGGCACGACCGGCACAGUCCCGCGUGUGCACGGAGGAGGAAGGAUGCAAGCUCUGGGACUCCUUGCGCAAGAAGUACCAGCAGAAGGCAAGGGCCAAAAGUGGCACCCAAGAAGCCUUGGCAAGAAGAGCGAGACCAGUGGAGGCCCAGGUACCGCAGGCAGGGAAAAACAAUUAGGAAACAAGCAUUGCUUUCCUG